AUGUUCUUUAAAUUACAGGUAUAUUUUCCAAGAUUGAAAAAUUUCAGAAUACCUGUCAAAAAAGUCAUCUCAUCGAAUCACACUUUUAUUUCGAGAAACCAUCAUAUGUCUGAGUUCAAGAGAGCCAAGUUGAACAUGGCUAAGCAAAUCUGUACUCAUUCUGGCUCCUUCCAUGCUGAUGAAGCACUAGCAGUAUACAUGCUGAGAAUUCUGCCCGAAUUCAAAGAUGCUAAAGUUGUAAGAUCAAGAGACCCUUCGAUGUGGGAACAAAGCGAUAUAGUAGUUGAUGUGAGCGGCAAGUACGACGCAACAAAGGGUCUAUUCGAUCACCACCAGCGUGAAUUCGACGAAACCUUCAGCGAAGACUACAAAACUAAGCUAUCCAGUGCGGGAUUGGUUUACAAGCAUUUUGGCCAAGACAUCAUCAAGACCUUGCAACCUCAACUGACGGAGUCGCAGGUGGAAUUCUUGUACCAGAAGGUGUACCGGGACUUCAUUGAGUCCCUGGACGCCAACGACAACGGAAUCAGUAACUUCGACAGCGAAGAGCUCGGAGUGAAACCUAAAUUUCACGACAAAAACAUCACAAUCCCCGGCAUUGUGUCGGGCAUGAACCCACGCUGGAACGAGGAUAACAGCGAUGCUGUGUUCGAUGCGUGCUUUUUCAAGGCUUCGGAUUUCAUCGGCGGCGUGUUCAGCAACCUUGUCAAGGGCUAUGGCGAGUCCUGGAUUCCAGCCAAAACUUUGGUGGAAGAGGCCAUUGAUACCAGAUUUGACGUGGAUCCCUCGGGAAAGAUCAUUGUGCUGAAACAGUUCUGUCCGUGGAAGGAGCAUUUGUAUACGAUCGAAAAAGAGCGUGACAUCCAGAACCAGAUUCUGUUUGUCUUGUUUGCGGAUUCUUCUGGAAAAUGGAGAGUUUCCACUGUCUCGCUAUCUGCCACAUCAUUCAAGUUUAGAAAGGGUUUACCCGAGCCAUUGAGAGGCCUGAGAGACCAGGAAUUGAGUGACAAGACUGGCUUGCCAGGUUGCAUUUUCAUCCACGCCGCAGGAUUCAUUGGCGGUGCCUCGUCGAAAGAAACUGUUUUAAAGCUUGCCCAAAUGAGUCUCUGA